UUAUGCUUCUCUAUCAAUACUCAACCACCUUUUCUCUGUCUUAAAAGAUAAUUUCCUUGUACUUUUUAGUUUGUCGUGUCCGCAUCUUAGUACCAACCAACAGUACGAGAAUAAAGAUUAAGCUCAGAGAAUCAUGAGAGAGAAGCACCGAGAGAGAGAGAAAAGGAUUUAAGAAAGCACCGGUUGUUGUUUUGAAGAGAGUGUGUGUGUGCACUUAACAUAUAAUUCAGUUCUUUGAACCAAAGGAUAAAAGAAACCAAGUUGUGAAUCCUGUUGGUUCGAGUAAUUAUAAUAUCCCUAUGCCGUUGGCAUCGUCAUCCCUAUCCUACUACGUUUUCAAAAGUAAUCGAAUCAUGUGUGAAAGACAUUUCCUGUUCCUUUUAUUUUAUAAUGACAACAUUAAACUUUAUCAUUUUCCUCCUCUUAUUCUAUUUCCUUUGGAUUUAUUGUUUCGUCAAAAGGUUAAUCUAAUCAGGAUCGUACACAAGAGGAGCGAAUUUAAUGUUUGUAUCGUAAUUGUAAUUGUAAUUGUAAUAUUAUUUGUAUUUGUUCGGUUAUUGGUUGGUUACUUUGACUGACCCAAUCGGUGGUGUGGUGCGGAGAGUUUUGGGACUGUGCGGAAACACAAAAAGGUCUUUGAUUUUGAUUUAUUUUUUCCCCAAUUAAAUACUUUUUAUUAAUAUUUCAAUUUAUAAAUGGGCUUUUAGUUUGGUGGAUGAUAGAGCGAUUUCGGAGGUUUAUUUGUAGGGUUCCCAAAUUACUUUCUUUCUUGACUUUGUGGACAUUGAUUCGAUUUGGGGGCGUGGUUUUUCCUUCUGAUUUCUUCAGCAAGUGCGGGAUUUGACCAAUUGGGUCGCUGAUUCUCGCCUCACUUUGAUCUGGGUCGUUCCCUUUUCUUCAAUCUCAGAGUUGUGUUGUUAUCCCCAAUUCUUGAGGGAAAAAGGCUAGAACUCUCGUUCAUAUCUUCUUUCUGGGUUUGAUUUGGCACCUUGGAGAGUCGUUAGGGGCAUUGGGGUGGGGAGAGUAGAAGCUGUUGUAGUAGUGUGGUGUUAGUUGUGACAAGUGGUGGUGGCUUUUUUCUGAUAUAUGUAUUUGGAGAAGUUUGGUUAUACAUGAUGUUCCAUUCUCAGGGUGUGUCAAGGCAUUGUAGUCUCCUUGCUGUCCUGAGUGGUAAAUCACGUGACAUUAAACAAAAGCAGAAGCAGAGUGCUGCUUCUGAGGAUCAGCCUCCUUACCCCUUUCCGGAGCUUUCUUCCUCUGGCCGUCUUGAGGUCAAGGUAUUGAUAAAACCUACGGCUGAUGAACUCGGUCAAGCUCUUGAACAACUGCAGCCAGAUUUUGUUUACCUGCAAGGCCAGCGGCUAGAAGAUAGGGAAGAAAUUGGACCCCUUGUAUGGGAAGAUUUUGACCUGUCUGUCCCAGAAGCCUUGUGUGGAUUGUUUUCUUCCAAAUUACCUAAUACUGUUUAUUUGGAAACUCCUAAGGGAGAAAAAUUGGCAGAGGCACUCCGAAAUAAGGGAGUUCCAUACACUAUAUAUUGGAAAAAUGAUUUUUCAAAGUAUGCGGCUUCACAUUUUCGUCAUUCUUUUUUCUCUGUGGCACAGAGUACAUCGAGCCAUACAUGGGAUGCUUUCCAGCUUGCUCUGGCAUCUUUUAGAUUAUACUGUAUACAAAACAAUGUCUUACCUUCUAACAGUCAGAAGGGUCCUGGUAAGAUUGGGCCCCAAAUUCUUGGGGUUCCUCCCGACAUUGAUAUUGCUUCAAGUGUAGCAGACUUGAAGGAAGAGGAAAGUUCACCUGAGACUAUUUCUGCUGUAAAGAUAUAUGAUGAUGACGUGAACAUGAGAUUUCUUGUUUGUGGAGUUCCCCGCACACUGGAUGCUUGUUUGUUGGGGUCUUUAGAGGAUGGACUCAAUGCUCUUCUAUUUACAGAAAUACGUGGAUGCAAACUUCACAACAGGACAAGUGCUCCACCACCACCUCUCCAGGCAGGAACAUUCUCACGUGGUGUAGUGACUAUGCGUUGUGAUAUAUCCACAUGUAGUUCUGCUCAUAUAUCACUUUUGGUGUCUGGUAGUGCAGACGCUUGUUUUAAUGAUCAGCUUUUGGAGAAUCAUAUUAAAAAAGAGCUCAUUGAGAAGAGUCAACUUGUCCAGGCAUUUCCUAGUCAUGAACAAAGUAAAUCACCUUCCUCUGAGCCUCGAAGAUCAGCCUCAGUAGCCUGUGGAUCAAGUGUGUUUGAAGUUUGUAUGCGAGUUCCUGCAUGGGCUUCACAGGUUCUGAGACAGCUUGCACCCAAUGUGUCAUAUCGCAGCCUUGUUAUGUUGGGAAUUGCUAGUAUUCAAGGAUUGCCAGUUGCAUCUUUUAAUAAAGAUGAUUCUGAACGUCUCCUUUUCUUUUGUACUAGGCAGGAGAAAGAAAACUGUUCUAGUGAUCCUGCUUCCUUUGGGAUUCCAAGUUGGCUGAUGCCUCCACCACCCAGUCGAAAAAGAUCUGAACCAUGCUCUAGUACAAGGUCUAUUAAGGCUAGUGCCCGGGGAAUUGAAGAUAUUGGCUGUCAUAGACAGAAAUUAAAUCUUGCUGCUAUGAGACCAAUCCCUCAGUCUCAUAGACACAAGAUUCUCCCUUUUUCUGGAUUGUCUGAGGGUGCAAGAUAUGAUGGAGACCAUGGAAAAUCAAAUCAGCCACUUGCUCCUAUUAAGCAUAAUGUUUCAGGCCAUACCUCAGCUACAAAUAGGAAAUCUGUGUCCAACUCAUUUCAAGCUCACCAGAUUAUUUCUUUGAAUCCACUACCUAUGAAAAAGCAUGGUUGUGACAGAGCUCCUAUACGAGUUUGCUCAGAGGAGGAAUUCCUGAGGGAUGUAAUGCAGUUUUUGAUUCUUCGGGGGCAUAAUCGUCUAAUUCCGCCAGGUGGGCUUGCUGAGUUCCCUGAUGCCAUUUUGAAUGCAAAACGCCUUGAUCUGUUCAACUUGUACAGGGAGGUGGUUUCAAGAGGAGGCUUUCAUGUUGGAAAUGGUAUCAAUUGGAAAGGACAAGUUUUCUCAAAGAUGCGCAAUCACACUAUGACAAAUAGAAUGACCGGUGUUGGCAAUACACUCAAAAGACAUUACGAAACUUAUCUCUUAGAAUAUGAAUUAGCUCAUGAUGACGUAGAUGGAGAGUGCUGCUUGAUGUGUCACAGUAGUGCAGCAGGUGACUGGGUGAACUGCGGUGCAUGCGGUGAGUGGGCUCAUUUUGGUUGUGAUAGGCGGCAGGGCCUCGGCGCAUUUAAGGACUACGCUAAAACAGAUGGACUCGAGUACGUUUGUCCUCGCUGCAGCUCAUUAAAGUUCAAUAAGAAGCCUCGAAAAACUGCAAAUGGUUAUUAACACUUAACAGGUGAAACGAUGCUGUCUCUUUCCCAGAGUAAAAUGUACAUGGCAAGUGUUAGAUAGAUUUACUUACAGAUCCAUUGUGGUUGGACCCGUGUCUUAAUUGGCAGAGUGUAAGGGUAGGUUCUAAGGACUCUAAUUAUUUCACUUAUGUAAAGCUUUAGAGUUUUUGGCAUGUGGUUACAUAUGAUGCAUGCGUAUUUCAUUUUGUCAAAAACAUUGGAUACACUUAGAAUUAGGUACUUAUUGCAAUUAUUAUUGUUAUUAUUUUUAUUUUAAAAAUUUGCA